AUGGGACCACCAGCAAUGGGGCAGUACGAGUCAAGUGCCAUCUUGACGGAUCGCUCAGGCUCAGAAACUCUUAGUCCCAAGCAUGGGAGCGGCUCAGGCUUCCAGAUGGGUCCUUGGAAGCAAAGUUCGGAAGAGGCUCCGAGCCUUACUGGUUUCCAUGGCUUUUCACCAGAAACACAUCAUCACCCAACCGAAUGGCCACAAUCCAUGGGAACCGUCACGUCAGGUGCUAGCAGCGUCCGGGCCGAAGAUAAGUGGGACCCCUCACUACAUUCCCCAGCGCGGACUAUGUCAUAUGAGAGCGAAGACAGCGCAGCGCCGCACUACGUCAUGCUUGAUGGACAUGACCCUCAUCGAGGUUCCUUCGACCGUCGCUCUUCCAUGGGCCCAGACAUGUACGCUCCUUCCAUAGUCUCGAGCUCUAUGGCAUCGCCCGUCGAAGCACAUCAUGCGCAAGUGGGCAUGGGACCUGCACCAAGGCCUCAAGGAAUAACCGGGCCGGCCUACCCCUGGCUGGAGCAACAGCCAUAUCCGUACGCCAGCAAGCCGGCAUCAGAGUAUGGCCCAACACGGUUCGUCAACCACAACAACAACAACAGUCCGUACCAUCAGCCAGCGAUAGUCAAACAGCAUCUUGAACAUGGACACCAUGUGAGCCACGCUAUGGGGGAAGCUCACUAUUAUGAGGGUUCUAAGAGAGUCUGA